GAGAAUCAGGCGGCUGCAAAGGGUGGCAGUACGACCCUCUUUUGGGGGGGUCUGAUUAUAACAAAAUAUAUACACACAUAUAUGCAUGCCCAGGGCCGCGAGAUAGGUCAUAUGCCGAUUGUAGCUAUUUUAGUCAACAUCUAGACGUAUAUCUAUACAUUUCAAAAUGCCUAUUUUACUUUUCCUGAUAGACACGUCCGCUUCUAUGAAUCAGCGCACUUAUUUGGGUACGACGUAUCUGGACAUUGCUAAAGGCGCGGUUGAGAUCUUUAUGAAGCUGCGUGCCCGAGACCCGGCUAGUAGAGGCGACAGGUACAUGCUAGUUACAUUCGAUGAUCCACCAUACGGCGUAAAGGCGGGCUGGAAAGAGAAUCAUGCCACAUUCAUGAGCGAGUUGAAGAACCUGCAGGCGUCUGGACUGACUACACUGGGUCACGCUCUUCGUGCAGCUUUCGACCUGCUCAAUCUCAACAGACUUGUCUCUGGCAUCGACAACUAUGGGCAGGGUCGAAAUCCGUUCUUUCUGGAGCCAUCAGUCAUCAUUACAAUUACAGAUGGAAACAAACUGACACACAGCUCGGGAGUGGCUGAGGAGCUCCACCUGCCUCUGAAUUCCCCAUUGCCGGGUAGUGAGCUGACUAAGGAGCCGUUCCGAUGGGACCAGAGACUCUUCGCCCUGGUCCUGCGUCUGCCAGGAGUGGCCGUGCCCGACAGUGAGCAGCUGGGAAGUGUGCCCACUGAUGAGUCUGCUAUAACUCAGAUGUGUGAGGUCACUGGAGGUCGCUCUUACUGUGUAAGAACCCAAAGGAUGCUGAACCAGUGUCUUGAGUCUCUUGUCCAAAAGGUGUUGAGUGGAGUUGUAAUACAUUUUGAGAAAACCGGUCCAGAUCCACCGGCGAUUGGUGAAGAUGGUCUUGUGGAUCCAGCUCGUCCUUUGACAUCCUUCAGUCCGCAGCCGUGGCACAGCUGCCACAAGCUCAUUUAUGUCCGGCCCAACCCUAAGACUGGUGUACCUGUGGGUCACUGGCCAAUCUCAGAAUCCUUCUGGCCAGACCAAAACUCCCCUACUUUGCCUCCUCGUUCUGCCCAUCCUGUGGUGCGGUUUUCUUGCGUUGACUGUGAGCCGAUGGUUAUCGACAAGCUGCCUUUUGACAAAUAUGAGCUGGAGCCGUCCCCGCUCACCCAGUACAUCUUAGAAAGGAAAUCUCCGCACAUGUGCUGGCAGGUGUUUGUGAACUGCAGUGGCAAACACAGUGAUGUUGCCCACCCGUUUGGCUACCUGAAGGCCAGCACCACACUCACCUGUGUCAACCUCUUCGUCAUGCCUUACAACUAUCCUGUCCUGUUGCCACUCCUCGAUGAUUUGUUUAAAGUGCACAAACUAAAGCCAAACCUCAAGUGGCGGCAGUCCUUUGAAAUGUACCUGAAGUCCAUGCCUCCUUACUAUCUCCUGCCUCUCAAGAAGGCGCUGAGGAUGAUGGGAGCCCCGAAUCUCAUCUCUGACAACAUGGAUUGUGGCUUAAGCUACAGUGUCAUUUCCUACUUGAAAAAACUCAGCCAGCAGGCAAAGAUUGAGUCAGACCGUCUGAUUGUGUCUGUCGGUAAGAAGCCUCCUCCAGAGACGGGCAUCAAGGUGAAGAACCACUCGAACGCCCUGUCUCUGGCACACCGCCGGGAUUUCAAGCAGCUCCUGCAGGGCAUCACGGGUGAGGUUCCCCUCCGGCUCAUCGACAUGAACUUCAAAGAGUUCGCUGGUUUCCAGAUCGCACUUCUUAACAAGGAUUUGAAGCCCCAGGCCUAUAGGAAUGCUUAUGAUAUUCCACGACGAAACCUUCUAGAUCAAGUGACUCGAAUGCGUUCCAACCUUUUGAGGACAACGCAAAAGCUCAUCAGAGGCCAGGAUGAUGACUCUUUGCACAGUAUUCCAGUGGGACAGAUGGGAAAUUAUCAGGAGUAUCUAAAGAUGAUGCCAUCACCUCUGCGUGAGAUUGAUCCAGACCAACCCAAACGACUGCACACAUUCGGCAACCCAUUCAAGCAAGACAAGAAGGGAAUGAUGAUAGAUGAAGCAGAUGAAUUUGUGACAGGUCCUCAGAAUAAGAAGCGGGGUAACACGGGGGAUCUAAACUCGGGUACAGCUCUGAAGAGGAGGAGGAGUAUGUCCCCUCUGCUCCGACGGCCCCAAACCCCUCCAAUAAUAACCAAUCAUGUACUGGGCAAAGGGCCCACAGGGACUCAAGGCCAGCAAGGAAUCAUCAAGCCCAUUCCACUACACAAAGGAGCUGAGGGGAACAGUGUAGGAGGCACAGAAAGCAAUGGGGAACAAGUGGCAGGUGGUGAUGCUGGAGACUGCUGGCCUGGAGAAGUGGAUGGAGAAUCAGGAGAGCCUGCACCUGUGGAGGACAGAGAAGAAGUUUUGGCACCGGACGGAGAGGAGGAGAGACUUGCACUGGACAAUUGUCUUGAUGACAGAUCCCCUGACCACACGCACAACUGUGAGGAGCUCAGUCCUCCGGGCCAGGAGGGGGAGAUGGAAGCCAGUGAAGGAGACACUCCAGCACAGGGCACGAUUGUCAUGAUUCCCCUGGAGGGGAGUAACGCAGAGCUCCGCACUCGGGUUAUCAAAGAGGUCCGCAAGCCUGGCCGCAAUUAUGAGGCGAUAUUCAGGCUGCUGGAGGAGGUGAAAGGGCCGGUAUCAGUCCAGAGGUACUUUAUUCAUCAUGCCAUCAAAGAGGCAGCCAGGUUUAAAAAGCGUGUGCUGAUUCAGCAGCUGGAAACCGCUCUGGACGAGAUUGAAGACAGACAGAUGCUGCCCGCACAAAUCAACAAUGUCCACAGCAGAUAGUGGCACGUCACAUCUCACCGCUGAGAGACACACCAGACGAGGAGACGCGGCAGAUCAUGCCAGCGGAGCACACGGGUUUGAGCCCGACCCAUCAGCCUCAGUACCAGAGUAGGCAGAGAUGGAGAAGGGGAAUUAAAGGGGACGGAGGCCUGUCUGGCUCUGAUCCAGGCGCUUCUAGUUACUGAGAUGUGUCAUAAAAGAAGCGUUCUAGGUUCGACAGGGGUUUUUUAUUCAAUCCGCAGGCUUUGCGGGCCUGAAAAUGACCAUAAUUGAACUAUAAAAAAUGGAUAAGCACACUCCAGAAAAGCCAAGCCUCCACUGUGUGAUAUUACAGGGUCAUCCAAAGGAGAGGUCAGUGUCUGUUAUGUGAAGUGAUUAAUAUACAGGGCUUUUCACACUUGAAAUGAUUAACCACGGGUAAACUGAAUCCUGUCCUGUUACACGUUUCACACUGCUUGUAGUUUACCCUGGGUUAACAAUUAAUCAUGGCUAUUCAUAUGCUGACGUUUAACACCAAACAAUCUUAAACCCUGGUUAAUGUCCUUAUUUUCAAAUUUGGGAUAUAAGGACCAUUGAUUGGAUGAACAAUGGCUCUAGUGUUGCACAUCCUUAUAUUAUAUAUCUCUUAAAUGGAGGUUUUGUUUUUUCAAAUGAUUAGCCAUAUUUCUUUUUUUUAACUGAUGAAAAUUGGUUUUUGAGACUCUCCAAAGCAAAUAUGAGCCAUGUGAUUGGGUGUUGGUUGCUAUUCAUAAUAUUUUAUAGCCUCAUUCUCAAUAAGGAUAAUAAAUAUAUUGAUAACAACAAAUAUAUAAGGUGCAUCCAAUUGCAAACAAGGUAACUAAUGUCAACUUUGAUUUCAUAACCAUUUUUAAGCCACAGGGGACAACUGCAGUGCACACUUAGAAUAAAGAGAACAAAAUUAUAGUAUAUUAUACAGCUGCUAUCAUUAUCAUUCUUGAUGUGAAUGGGACUUAAAGGCAUAGUUCACCCCAAAAUGUUUAAUUUGCUGUUAAUUACUAGCCCUCAGGCCAUUAAAGAGGAUAACUUUUUACUUCGCUUGAACAUUUUGGAUGAUUUUUAGCUGAAACCGUGGUCCUUAGUUAUUCGUAUGAGGCAGUAUAUUGGUAUAAUGCUCCUGAUGAUACAUGCUGGACUUAUCAAAGAAAUUGCUCAAUCUGUGCAAGAAACUGAACAUUAAAUACAGCAUAUCUACAUUGUAAAAAACAUCCAUUAUUUUUAUCUAGUGCGCCAAAUUUUUUUUUUAAAUAACAGCGGUUAAAUUACAAAAAAUCACCGUGAAAUGACAGACGUUUGA